UUCAUGAGUUUAGGGUCUUACCUCAUAACCACCGACAGGCAGAUCUUACGCGCUGUUUUCCUGCCAGUCAGAUUAUCAGUUAUGUUGUGGCCACUCUUCAUCCUGGGAUUCGUGGUACUGGUGACGUCGUGGCCUUCGGCAUCAACUUUAGCCGAGAAUUUGAACGACGCCACAUGGAGAGAGCUGACGGAAAUGUUUCCGCAGAAAUCCUUACAAUGGAUGUCGUCAUAUAAUCCCGAAAGUGCUGGACCAGGUAGCAGCAAGCGCGCCCUGACCGUUCUGUCUCGUUGGAAGCCUUUCAGCUUAGGAUUCAGCAAUCUACUUGGUCGUUACCCGCCUCGCGCACCUCAAGUCAACAAGAUGGCCGAAACGAACUUCGUGUCUCCGAAUACCGGAGGGACACUACGGCCCAUCGGACAGCCUCUACGCUGGGGUCGUCGCUAAUUCAGCAUCCUGUUUUAUUACCGUGUUCCGUAACAUUAUAGCAACAGUGUACGCUAUUCUGUGAAGUAAAUACCUCCACGCAUGUACGAUCUUCUAAAUAUAAUGACAAGAACAUUACUUUACACUGUAUAUACAUAUAAAUUUCAGCAAGUUUGCCCGGAUAAAAAUACAAAAUGACAGAUGAGAGCAAUAUUUAUUACUGACUUUCAUAGUUAAAACUGUGACUGUUAUAAAAUGCGAUCUUAUAUUUUUUGAAAGAUUGUAAUAGUUACUUCAUAUCUAACGAAGUAUCGAAUUAAACGUAACUUGUAGAGAAGUGUACAUCGAAAAAUGCUCCAAAUGUAUUCUUGUUUUGACACAAGACAGUCUUUUUAAAUAUUAUGCAACAGUAAACCCCAUAUAUUAAACCCAAAUAUAAGUUGUGAUCAACACACAGAACGAACUACUGUGGUUCAAUCUCCAUUAUGUCAUCAGACAAGGAGAAUGUUUUGGUCUUCUGGUGAUGGUGACACCGAAGAGAAGGGAGAAGACGAUACUGAGUAGCUACAUCUAGUCAACACUGUAAAUUUACCUCACAGUGUACGCACAUUGCUAAAGAAUUAAAUGUGGGUGAAGUAAUAUUUUGGUCAUUCUACAGAGUGAGUCAUUCCUCUUUCAGAACUUCGUGCGUUUACAGUUGAGCAAAAGUUGACGAAAAAGGACCCCAGUGACUUCACAAGGGAGGAUUCUGACUGCGUGGGACAUCUCCUCCGCCCAUUCUUAAUAAAUUUCAGAAUUUUCACUACAACAGGUACUUCCAAAGUAGGUUUCCCAACGAAACUUUGCAUGAAAACAUUCGCCUCAGUUUCAUGUGGCUCUUUUAAGAUAAAAGCAUUUUUCGACGAAACCAUUGUUUUAAGUUUUAUAAAACCGAUUUCAUGCAUAUGGUUUUCUUUGUAUGACCCGCCAAAGAAAACGAAUUAGCCAUAAUUUGGCACGUUUCUGCAGCAACAUUUUUUUGUAACAUUUAAAACAUUAAUCGCGCUGCUGAAGCACGUAGAGAAAAUGGCGAAGAUCACGGAGUUUUAUUUACAGAU